UAUUCCUCUUGCGUUGACAUCAAACAUGUGUAGUGUGCAGUGCCUCAGCGGUGUACUAGCCUGUGUACUAUGGUGUGGCUGCCCUCCAGCCUGGGCCUCCUGAGCUACGACAGCAUAAUCCCCUCGCCCCUCUGCCAGCGACACGCCCGCCGCCUUAGCGUCCUCGCUCUCGCCCUCGCCGGCAUGUACACUACCCGCCUGUACAGCGCAGUAGGUGGUGGGGUAGGAGGAGGAAAGCCUGGACGCCGGCCGGGCCGGGGUGGAGGGCUGCCCAUGCUGGAGAACCACCCCCAUCAUCAUCAUCACCACCACCCUCUCCCACCACACCAACAUCCCCACCACGUGCCCCCUCCACCUCCCAGCUACCCGCCCCUCUACCAGGGGCGGCCUGACCCUCACCGGGGGCCUCACUUCCACAGUCACCACUACCACCCGCACCUGGCCCCUCCUCUGCCUCCACCCCUCCCCCCGCACCCCCACUACCAGCCACACGCCCACCUGCACCACCACGCCACUGUUGGCGCAGCCGGCAACAAGAAGAAGACGUGGAACUUCAUCCACGAGAAGAUGAGCUAUGACACCUUCUUCACCAUGAAGAGGCUGAUCGAGCGCUCGCGUAGAGCAGAUGAAGUGCUGCGCUGGGUGACACAGAACCCAGGCAAGAUCUCACACAACCACUACCCCAUCGCCCUGCAGAAGAUCGGCCAGCUACUACAGGCCGGGGCUGGGGCUGGAGGAGGGGGCGGAGGUGGCUCGGAGGCAGCCCUGGUUCCCUCUCCCGGAGCCGGUGGAGGAGAAAGAGUGGAGAAUGAAGGCCGACAGAUCCUGGAGCACCAGGACUUCCAGACGCUGUGCGACGCCAUCGUGAGCGACUGUGCCAAGUUUGACAACUUCAGCAUCGUCAACUGCCUGUAUGCUGUGGCCGCACUAGGCCUUCCCAGCGACUCGCGGGUGGUGCAGGUGCUGGAGGCGACGUCUCAGUCACGACUGGGCCAGUUCAACCAGAAGGACGUCUCCAUGGUGUUCAGCUCCAGCAUGAAGCUGCACCCCAGCAGCCAGCACCCGCUCACCGAGGCCUGCCUGGCGGGCUUGGAGAAGAACCUGGAGCGGGAGCGUCACCCGCAGACCCUCUUCCUGCUACUCUCCUACUAUCGCCUCAAGUGGCGCUUGCUGCAACCCAGCGACACCGCGACGGUUGAGAACGUGGCCAACAUAGCACCCAACCCGGAACAGCUCCUGGCCAACAGGAAGAUCCUCCGACUGGUCAAGCACACUCUGGCUAGCGUAAGUGGCGUGCGCGACCAGGAGAUGGCGCUGCUGGACGAGAUGCUGGCCACAUGCGUACGCGAGGCUAGCAACAAGAGCCUGGAGAUAAUCUUCAGCUCCCACCUCUUCUACCAGAACAGGCAGGAGAGGUUUGUGUGCAGCCUGGCUGAGGAGCUGCCUAAAAAAGUGGACAGCAUAACCCCAUACACCAUGGCCCUCAUUGCCAAAUACAUCGCCCGCCACCGGCUCAGGGAGACUCGACUCCUCGACACCAUCGCUGAUUUCCUGGUCAAGAAGGGAGAAUACCUGGAUAGCAAGGUGAUCCAAAAGCUGGUGUUCCCCUUCAGCCGGAUGAGCUACCGGCCGUCCAACGAGCCCCAGUUCUUCGCCAAGCUGGAGGUGGUGCUGGAGCUCAAGGCCCUGAGCUCCCCGCUGGCCACCGUCAACAUCCUCAUGUCCCUGUUCCAGCUGGGCCACUUCCCUGGCCUGGUGCUGCACAGGGUCUUCUCCACUGCUUUCAUCAGCAACGUCACCAACAGUCCUUACGCUCUGAUCGUACGCCGCUACCUGUCUCUGUUGGACGCGGCGGUGGAGCUGGAGUACCGGGACUACACCGGUCCACGGCUCCAGGACACGCACAAGGUGCUCAUGUUUGACCACGCGCUGACCGCUGACGAGGUCAACCGCAAAUACAGCUAUAAGGGUCUUGUUGCUGAAGCCCUCAGACAAUUGGUUGGAGAGCAUGGCUACAAGCAAGAUGAGGUCCUGGCCCCCGGUUAUUACACAGACUUCCUGCUGUGGAUUGAUGGUUCUGGCCGGGUUCUCCCUAUCCGGGCAGGGGCCUCCAUAGGUGUGGCCCACAAAGCCCCAGAGGGAUCCGUGACCGUGACAGCCCUCGCCUCAGACUUUCAAAAGUUCUCCCCCUUCGCCCCACUAGAGGAAAGGGGGGACAAGCGACCCGUCGGGGGGGACGAGUCGGUGACCCUCCUUCCACACCACAUGCAGCGUGGGGCAAACCCUGCCUCGGCCCAGAGGGCGGGCCCUAACGGCGGGGGCCCGCCUGACUACAACCCUUACUACACGCCGGCCGACUACUACUCCAGCCUGGCCAAGGAUCACUCCCUGGAGAGCCAGGACAGCUCCACGCUCAGCAGCCCUCCCUCUGACAGCCUAGCCCAGCCAGUGGCCUCCGAGGUAGGGGGAUCCACCACGGCUACCCCCGUUUCUCUUUUCCAGUUCUCCAUUGGGAAGAUCCUGGAGGACGAGGGAGGGGUGCAGGUGGGGCCGGGUAGUCAUGUGCCCGACUGCGAGCUCCCUGUCUUCUAUGAGGGGCUGGACGGGGACGUGGGGCCCACCUCGCCACUUCGGCUGCACCCGGCCGAUCGAACCGACACCGAGAGGGUGGCGGGGGACCAGCGGCAGCUUAAGAGAGUGGUCAUGUCGGUGAAUGACAAGUGGCACUACUGUCACAACUCUGAGGUUCUGGUGGGCUCCCGGGCCAUGAGGGACCGUCACCUGCUGCUCCUGGGAUAUGUCAUCCUGCAGCUGCCCUAUCACGAGCUGGAGAAGCUGAAUGGUAUAGAGGAGGUGAAGCAGUACCUCCACAAAAAGCUCCUGGAGGUCCCCUUAUGACAACAAAAGACUUGAGUGUGUGUGUGUGUGUGUGUGUGUUCAAGGAAUUGCGGCUGCUUGGGAUAGGACAGGGGGUUGUUGGUGGGAUUGGGAGAAGCGGGUGGUUUGGGGUAGAAAACAAACCCUGGUCAAAGUCUAAAAACAGAGUUUUUGUGCAAUUUGCUCUCACAUUCAUCAAAAUGGUGGCAGGCUAUUUGCAACAAGCCACAUACCCAGUUGAUGACAUGUCUAGUAUCAUGUUGCCACGCUUGGUGUCUUGUUAAUGUCACUUCACAACGGUUCUUGACCAUUUUGCCUAUGGACUAUUCCUAGUAUAUCACAGUAGCAUGACAAAACAGUUGUGUUCAUUUUAAAUUUUGACCAGCGUAUUUCUAUAGUUUUAAUCAUGGUUUGGUGUGGAGGUGUGGGGAAUACAAUGUUUUAUUAUUAUAAUUAUUAUAGAGUCAUACAGAGAUGACGAUGUUCUGGUGAUGUCAUACAGAGAUGACGAUGUUCUGGUGAUGUCAUACAGAGAUGACGAUGUUCUGGUGGUGUCAUACAGAGAUGACGAUGUUCUGGUGAUGUCAUACAGAGAUGACGAUGUUCUGGUGGUGUCAUACAGAGAUGACGAUGUUCCUUCUAUUGUUUCUUUAACUCCAGUUGUAACGCAUGUCGGGGACUGGUCAUACAGGACCAGAUAUAACUGGGGGGGGGGUUUAUUUAAACAAACAAAUGGGGGUUCUUCAUAGUGUUUUCUAAUACUGGUGCACUGUAUGUAGGCUAAUGAACUGUAGGAUGUUAACGAGGGAUGAGGAUUUAUUAAUUAAGUUAAUGUGGGAAAAAUAGGUUCUAUUUUUGUGAAUGCUGGAACGGCUUUUCCGGUGUCCAAAACAAAG